CUACAGUUUCUUGCUCCACUUCCACAUUGUCACUCUCUAUACAUCUUAGUGAGAGAAAGUUAUUGUAAAAGCUUUCACUUAAAAGUGGGGAAAAAAACACCCCCAAAAAUAAAGAAGGAAAACUCCAAAAAAGGUAAAGAAAUGAGAGAAAACAGAGUACUCUGCUUAUCAAGCUUAGUACUUUUUCUUCUUUUUGUAAAUGGCAUCAAUGGCGAAAACCCAUAUCGAUUUUACGACUGGAAAGUUACUUAUGGCUACAUUUACCCUUUGGGUAUCAAACAACAAGUGAUAAUGAUAAAUGGGCAGUUUCCAGGGCCACAAAUCGACUGUGUAACCAAUGACAACUUAGUUAUCAGUGUUCACAAUUACUUGAAUGAACCUUUCCUUCUUUCAUGGAAUGGUUUACAAAACAGAAGAAACUCAUAUCAAGAUGGGAUGCCAGGAACAACCUGUCCAAUCCCACCAAGAAGGAACUAUACAUAUGUUCUCCAAGCUAAGGAUCAAAUUGGAAGCUUCUUCUACUUCCCUUCCAUUAAUCUUCACAAGGCUUCUGGUGGUUAUGGAGCCAUCCGAAUCUAUAGCCGCCCUCGUAUUCCAGUCCCUUUUCCUCCCCCUGCCGGAGACUUCACCGUUCUUGCAGGUGACUGGUACAAGAAAAGCCAUAGGCAACUGAUGCAUAUGUUAGAAAGGGGACGCAACAUACGUAUGCCUGAUGGUCUUCUGAUCAAUGGUCGUGGAUGGAAUGGUUAUACUUUCACUGUUGAACAAGGGAGAACUUACCGGUUUAGGAUAUCAAACGUGGGGAUUUCGACAUCCAUUAACUUCAGGAUCGCGGGGCACAGACUCAAACUAGUAGAGGUUGAAGGGACACAUACAAUGCAGAGCUCGUACACUUCCCUUGACAUUCACUUAGGGCAGUCUUACUCUGUCCUAGUGACAGCUGAUCAACCCCCUGAUGAUUAUUACGUUGUUGUCUCUUCGCGCUUCACAAAGCCUGUGCUCACCACCACAGCUGUUCUGCAUUAUAGAAACUCUUGGAAGAAGGUCUCUGGCCCUCUCCCUCGUGGCCCCACAACGCAGAUCGGUUGGUCUCUCAACCAGGCCCAUUCUAUCAGGAUGAAUUUGACAGCAAGUGGCCCUAGACCAAACCCACAGGGAUCCUACCAUUACGGUAUGAUCAAAUUACAGCGAACCAUAGUGCUCGCAAACUCUGCUGCAUACAUCAACGGACGACAGAGGUAUGCAAUCAACAGCGUAUCAUAUGUUCAGGCAGACACUCCUUUAAAACUGGCAGACUACUUCAACAUCCCCGGAGUCUACUACUCUAAUAGCAUGCCUAGUUCCCCUUCAUGGCGCCCUGCAUAUCAACAGACCGCAGUGCUUCAGACUGACUACAGGACAUUCAUUGAGAUGGUGUUCCAGAACCAGGAAGACACAGUUCAAUCUUACCACAUUGAUGGUUAUGCUUUCUUUGUCGUUGGAAUGGAUGGUGGGCAAUGGACUCCUAGGAGCAGAGCCAGCUAUAACUUAAGAGAUGCAGUUACUCGCUCCACCGUUCAGGUAUAUCCAAAGGCAUGGACAGCAGUAUACAUGUCAUUGGACAAUGUAGGAAUGUGGAACAUAAGAUCAGAAAAUUGGAUAAGACAGUAUUUGGGACAACAAUUCUAUAUGAGGGUUUACACUAACUCUCAUUCUUGGAGAGAUGAGUAUCCUAUCCCUAAGAACGCCCUCCUUUGUGGUAGGGCUAGAGGCCGUCACACUCGCCCUAUGUAAGCUUAUUCUUAGACCACCAUUCCUUUUCUUUUGUCAAAGUCACGAGAGGGUGACGUAGGUAGUUCAUUAGAUGCGAGAUUAAUGAAAAAGAUUACAAAACCAUUGCUUUACAAGGCAAUGUGAGGUUUUUAGGUUCUGUAAUUAGGAACUACUUUUUCAUGCUUUACUUCCCAGGCCAGCAAGUGUAUUGCAGAAAUGUAAUUUUUAGAAUUAUUGUUCUAGUUGUUUCUUCGGAAAUAAAAAUUGCAUUCAUUGAUCA